AUGGCGGCGGACCGCAUGAACAUCAACCGGUCCUGGGACCACAUCCAGGCCAAGUACGUGGGCACGGGCCACAGCGACAUGACCAAGUUCGAGUGGGCGAGCAACCAGCACCGCGACUCCAUCGCGAGCCACCUCGGCCACGGCGACAUCAUGACGUAUUUCGCGGUCGCGCAGGGCGACUCCAUCGGCCGCACGCGCUACGCGCUGCUCGAGAAGAUGCUCCAGCCCUGCGGCCCGCCGCCCGAAUAG